AGCCAAAUCUUUCUAUCGGAUGAAACUUAUUUGCUUAUAAUGCUAGCGCUUCUCCGGCCAUCUUCAUGGCUUGGAAGUUGCCUUCGGGGAAGCUGCCACUUGCCCUCCGAUUUUCCGCAGCAGCGUUGCGAUACGUCAUUGGUUCUGGUGGACGAGGCACGCCGCUUCAUUCAGGAUUGCAUGAUGCGAGUUGGAGUACCUGCCUCCAAAGUGCGCUGUAUUAGCGAGUGCCUGGUGGUGGCCGACUAUCGAGGAAACUUUGGAAACGGACUUAAUCGGCUGGACUUUUACCUUAGCGAUCUGCAGAGGGGACACGCCAAGAUUGAUGCAGAGCCUUCAAUUAUCAGUGAAACGGAGGCGACUGCUCAUGUGAACGGAAAUUCGGCCUUGGGCAUUCUGGUAGGAAAUUUCUGCAUGGAUUUGGCUGUGAAAAAGGCUCAGAAUGCGGGAAUCGGUUUUGUAGUGGCCCAACAUUCUCAUCAUUUCGGAAUGGCCAGCUGGUAUGCAUUUCGUGCCGCUGUUAAGGGAUUAGCUGGGAUGGUGAUGUCCAAUUCGCCUCCAACGAUGAUGGCUCCCAACACCAAGUCGGCCAGUAUUGGGUCCAAUUGCUUGGCCUUUUGUGUAAAGGGUAAGGACUAUCAUUUUGUGCUGGACAUGGCGACUAGCGUUAGGGACAUAGGAGCCUUGGAAUGGGCUUGGGCCAACGAUAAGUAUAUACCGCAUGGCUGGGCAGCCGAUGAGGGAGGUCACUCUACCUGUUUUCCCAAUUUGGCGCUAAGGACACCAUUGUUGUACCCUGCUGGAGAUCACAAAGGCUUCUGUCUAUCAGCCGUAAUCGAUCUUUUAUGUGGAGUGCUCUCCGGUGCCCAAUAUGCCACCCGCAUUCCCUCGGAUCAGUGCCAACCCUCGAACCUAGGACAGGUUUAUAUCGCUCUUGAUCCAGACUUUUUUUUGCCGGACUUCAUGGAUCGUCUGGAUGACUUUUGUGGUCGCAUACAUGAUAGCGAGCCGGCUAAUGAUUCGGAAACUAUCCGGUUACCUGGCGAACUGGAGCGGAUGCAUAUGAGCUACAUAGAGGAUUUGCGUGCCCUGCCGUAUCCCAACACUAUUUUGGAGAGAUACAGAGAUGUGGCAGAGAGAUUGUAUGUAAAGCCCAUUGAGCUGGCUUUUGGCCGGUGUCAGUCCAAAAGCUUUUAGACUUAUACUCGUUAGAUGUUCGGGGAAAUUUCAAUAAACUGUUAUUUUAGUUGGGGUUGUUCCUACAAAGCUCCA